AUGCUGCGCUACGAUCGCUCGCCGUCGUCGUCGCCGACUCGAAAACGCCAGCGAUUGUCAUCGCCCACAUACGAUGACCAAGUUGGGGAUCUUUCCGUGGAACACCUUGAAGCUUUCGAUUUAAUAGAGGCCAGAUUGUCCCAGGCCAGCUCGUCUCAACCAACUGCAGAUGACACCCUGGUCAACAAGUCAGGUCCUUCUUACGAUCUCGGAAGUCCAUUCUUCACCAAAGCAUCGGCCGUGAAGGUUGACGAGGACAACGAUAAUCCAUUCAACGACAACGACGAUGAUUCCGCUGAACUGGCCGAAAAGGAGAAGCUCUAUGACAGCUUUUUCGACUCGACGAUGGUGGAGGAACUCCCCUUAUUUCAAUCAGCAAAAACGAUGCAGAUGGAGAUGUCGUCCUUUCAUAAAGCUUCUCAUAGUAGCGUCCUGGAACCUGCGACUACAGAAAACCUACCGUUGUUCCAAACUGCCAAAUCCUUGGAUAAGACUGCAUUACCUGGUUUUCAGAAGGCUUCUAACAAGGAAAACGAAGGGACGUUGAUGCCUUCAAAAGAGGCGUUGCUCAAGGCUCAACUAAAGAUGAAGCGCUGGGAAGAAGAUUGGAUCGACCUCGAUACACCGGUGGAGGAAACGACCGAACCUCCGCCGCCUCCGUCGUUUGCCACAGCAGCUGCUCUUACUUCCAAACCCAAACUCGCUGAUCCACUCCCUCCAACACCUGCGCCCGUUCCUUCACAGGUCGCAUACACUCCCACUCCAACGACUCAGUCACGACCGCUCGGGUUUUCUUCUCAGUCAAAACCAUUCCGCGUACCAACUUUUAAAAAUGUGGGAAAGGCACCAUCGUCGACUCCAGGACCUUCUCAGUCACCGUUCAGACCACCUACGUUCACCAACCUAUCCACACCACUUAGAUCUCAUAAUCGCCUAUCGUUUACUACGCCUGGCCCAUCAACCUCAACGCCCCUCGUGUCUUCCAAACUCGCAUCCCCCGCCCCAUCCCCCAGGUCGAUAGGUCUCUCAAGAACGUCUAAAUCGACAUUCAAGACACCUUUCAAAAAAGACGUUCAAUUAAAUCCUGUUCAGCAGUUGUUGAAACAGAACAUGCUGAACAAUUCUCAGAUGGCCCCCACUACGCCGUUAUCGAGUCGGCGAUAUCCCCCAUCGACAUUCAAGGUUCCCGCCAGUCCAUUAGCUACAUCCAAGCAACCAGUGACUCCCAUGCGCCAGCCUCCCAGGCCACUACCUGUGAAGGACCCUUGUCCCUCUAAGCAAACCUUGGAUGCUUGUGGCCUCCAGCCUCAAGAAUACAGCCUCGAGGAGUUGGAAUCGAUGGGACUUAACACCACUGAGCUCAGUCAAAUAACGCCUGUGACUGCUCUCCAUUACGGCUUCUAUUCCCCCGACGGAGUGCCUUCCCCUACCUCUGGCCUUCCCCGUUUAAACGCAGAUGCUGCAUACAAGGAGCUUCUCACCAAAGGAUGCUCUCUUGCUUCCAAACCUUGGGUCGACAAUCAUUGGUCGAUGAUCCUCUGGAAGUUGGCAGGUAUGGCAGCCUUUGAUCCUGUGACUGAGCAAGAUCCUGCGCGUAAACGGUGGUGUUGGGCGGAAGUUAUGCGUCAAUUGACCUAUCGGUACGAAAAAGAACUAAAUGGGGGUCAGAGGCCGGCGUUGAGACGGAUUGUGGCAACGGAUUCGCCCGCUGGGAACCCAAUCGUUCUAUGCGUGUCUGGUAUCAACUGGAUAGAGGGGGAGAAGGGAAGCUUCCCUGAACUUGAAGUUACCGAUGGGUGGUAUAGACUUCGAGCGCAAAUAGACCCGCCCAUGGUCAGAGCCAUACAAAAGGGCACACUACGAGUUGGAAGAAAGAUCGCUGUUGUUGGAGCUAGGCUACUCUCCGAGAAGAAAGAUCCUAUGGAGAUUCUAGAGGCUUAUGACUCGGUAAAGCUUGCUCUCUCCGGCAAUUCAACGCAUCUGGCACCUUGGCAUGCGAAGCUAGGCUUCCAGCGCGACCGAUACAUCUCAACGCUACGCGCCUUAUCCCCCGACGGUGGAUUCAUCUCUUGUGUUGACGUUGAGAUACUGAAAGUCCAUCCCGUUGCCUACCUCGAAUUCGUGGAGAAGGAUGGUCAAACAAUCCGAGAAGGACCUCGUUCCGAGGCCGACGAGAACAAGAUCGCGGAUCAAUGGAUGAAACGUCGGGAGAAGGAAGCGUCUAAACUCAGGUAUGAAUAUGAGAGGAGGAACGAACGGUAUAUGGACUAUGUCCAGAGGCUGGAAGAUAAAGCACACUCGUAUCGCCCAAAGGAAGACGAUGGUCCUCCGGAUUCCGUCGACUCGUGCUAUGACGACCUCGAAGAUCAUCGGACAGCUUUGCAAACCAUCAGCCGGCUUACCCCUGCAGAGGCGCAUUGGCUGUCCAAGACCAUCCGACAUAACCUCGAGAGUGAACAUGACCGCAUGAACUCCGAAGUGGAGAAGGAGUUGGCUGCUCUGUGCCCACCACGGAACGUCCGAAACUUCAGGGUUCUGGUAGUGAAAGACGCUCGCGAGGGGAGGAAACAGUCACACCGGGUAGCGCAGCUUACCGUUUGGGAUGUUACUUCUCUGGCAUUGUCGGAAGGUGGUAAACCCGGAUCUUUCGAAGUCGGCCAACGAUACAUGGUCUCGAACUUGUACCCUGCACAACCGAGUGCUUGGAUGAAGAACGAGCCUGGUGCAGAGAUUUACAUGACUGCUAGAAAGGGGAGCCAGUGGCUUAGGAUGCGACAUUGA